GGAUACGCAGCGAAACCAUCUACUUACGACACAUACCCUUCCCAGCAAUCUAUGAAGCAACAGGCACCUUUCGAGUCUGGCUGUACUAGCGUCUUUGCGGUCCCUUGACCGUCGACAUAUCCCAGAUCGAUCAAAGCCAUCUCUGCUCUUCUCUUAGGCUCUAGACUCUGGCAGUGCAUCGGAGCCUCCUCCUUCGCCCGCCCGCCCUCCAUUAAUCCCUCCCUCCCUUUCGUCCCUUCAUCCCCUCCUCCACGGCAAGCUGACUACAUGCCACCGCAACCAUGAUCCAUCACUGCCGCUGCGAUACGACGCCAUCCAGCAUCCGGACUACUCUAUCCCAUCCCAUGCUGCCAGUCACUACUCCUUCGACGCAUCUCGAUAUCCCGGCUUGCAGCAGCCCCGUCUUGAAACGUGGAGGCAGAUUCCCAUGGGCCAAUCGCAAAUCGCACAUUCGCACCCCCGGCCUGCCCACCACGGAUCGUCCGCCGGCUACGUAUCGAGAUGGCCGAACUGGUCCCAUGUCGCCGCCGUCCUACUAUACAUCUCUAUGCGGCACCUGGCCUCGCGACGGCCACACUAUGCGAUACCCUGCCGCACAUCAGCCCGCAUCGCGCUGACGACGGCUCUCUCAACCUGCUCGUCUUCACGUCGCCCUAUCUCUCAUAUACUGCCACGUACCGGUACGGGUACCAUUAGUCCUUAAUAUCUGACGCGCCUGGCUCUGCCCAGUAGCCUACUGUACUUGACGGAAUAGCCUGCAGAGACAGCACGCCAUCCUUACUGCACUGAUCGGUCGUCGUCAGAGUCUCGUCGCUACGGGCGAGCUGACGCUUCCCACAAGCUCUCACGCCAUACGCUGCUGGGUGGUGGGUGGGUGACCCAACGCUUCGUCUCGUCUUGCGUAGUGUCUACGGAGUAGUUGGCUGCACUACAUUGGCGCAGGGGCCAUGAUCCCUGUUGUCCGUAGGCCAAUGGCCAUUUGGCAGCACGCGACUGAGAGAUGCCGUCCCAUGGAUGAUGGAGCUGCCAAAACGACGACGACACCACAGCCGUUCAGGGCUAUGCUCACAAUUAAGAAUCCCAUGCGAUGCGGAAGAGGGCCUCUGAACAGCCGCGCUAUCUUAGAUACGGAUCCUGGACGUUAGCAAAACGAGGCAUAUGCACAUGCGUCCCGGUGUGCAACUGUGACGAGAACCAGACAUCCAUCACCUGCAGUCGACAAGCGGCCGCCUAGAGCAGCUGCGUGCCUGUGGUUCGUGCUGGAUUGGACGGUGAAGCAAAUGGGAGUUAUCCGUCUCUCGCCAGUUCGUACACCUCAUCCGCCGAUACAAUGCGCUAAGAUGCAUUGUCUGUUGUCAAGGGCCGGCUCCACGUCCUAAGCCUCAGAAGUGUCAGUGGCACAUAGCAAAGUCGCACUUGAAAUGGCUUCAGAAGAAGCAGCAAGAGAAAGAAGAGAAACAGAAGCACCGCGAACACUCGAGCAAUCAGCCAGUACAGCGCACGGGCCUCACCACCUCGUGUUGUGAAAGUGAGAUGGAUGGAAGGUCACAGACAACAGAGACGUUUUCUACGGCGGAAGCACGGGCUGGCGUCACAUCUAGUGGCAGUCGACAAGUUGAGACAGGCCCAAGGGCUGCCAUUUGCCAAACAGAUUGCCGCAAAAGUCAACCUGGAAGCUCAGCUCCAAGGCUCGCACCCUCCUCCUCCCCUUGGACUGGACUGGCACCACCCAGCCCCCGAAUCUCCGUCAGAUUAGAGUCGGUCUCUUCUCUCUGUCCCAACCUAAGCAACCAAGGCACCGCGUGGCUGCAGCGCCGUUGGAUAUUGCAACCGCAACACAUGCACAAAGCACACAACACAAUGGUGACAAAGGAAGCACUAGGCCGUUGGCGGGGUCUACCGUCUACCGCCGCCUAUCGCCUCUCCCGGCCGCCCUAUGGCUUCUCUUGGUGCGCCCAGCCAUGUGGUUUUGCUGGCCUCAUCUGGUUGCUUGCAUCUAUCCAACCCGUCUUGACGGUAUCACUCAAUGGUCGCCCAAUCGACAUCUCAUUGCCAAGGGGGGUCAUGACAGCCAAAACACGCUCCAUGCGGUGGCCACCGAGCGACAUGGGCAAAACAAUUGCGCCCCGGCACUCGCUUCGGCUUCUCCCGACCGACUGAACAUUCAUUCACCUGCACAUGCCCGAGGUCUGGUGCGUGCGUGCGUGCUCAGGGAAUUCGGCCCUCUCCCCAGCACUCUCACCUCUCUAGCCCACGGUCAGAUACCAAUCCGGUCAGAGAUGGCAUACCUGAGCCCUUGUCCCCAUCCACGGUCCACCCCAUCACGGAUCCCAGUCUCGUCAAACGAAGCACUUCCUUGACAAGUUUCACGCCCAAUCCCGGGUCUCAGCUUGCAGAUCGAUGGAUAAUCUGCGCCUCAGGGCCUCCCAUUUGCAUCAACCGAGCAGCCGCAGCACAACCACCGAAGAGCGACCUGAAAGAACGACAAGGAGCCAUUCUACAACAGCGCUUGUUUACGGCAUCUCUGCCGACCUUGAAGUGUGCCAAUGGAACGACAAACUUGAGAUAGAUCCCGUCCGCCCUGCCAUGCCUAUAUCACGUCCAUUAUAUCAGUCGGCUUAACUAUUUGGAAAUCUAAGCCCUGCCCGGACGUUUCCCCUGCGGAGAUCAUCGUUCAGACGGAGUAUCUGACGCCAUGAUCUACUACGGUCCAAUCUGAUGCACAAGCAACAAGCACAAGGCCACGGGGAGUCGCCCUAGUCACCGGCAAUAACCAGCACGCCAAGCUCCCACGGUAACCAUUCCUCCUCCUCCUCCAAAAAAGUACGCAAACCACCACUCAGCACCGUUCUCACCUGCGCCCUCUGCAGAAGCAGGAUGAUAGCAGGAUGAUGGUCCCCGACGAUGGACAAGCUACAGGCAGUGCACCCGCACUAGCACAGCACAGCACAGCAUAAUAGAGCCCCGAGCAGCAAAUGUGAAAGCUGCCACUUCUCGAGCCAGUUACACAAAUCACCUCAACUCAAGACAACGCCCCCCCUGUCCCUACAAGUGGACAUGGACCCUCGUCGAGACCAGCGGCCAGUCGGGGGCUUUUCUUCCCACCGGCGUGCCCAAACCUACUGUGGGGAAGUCUAAACAACGACGACAUCCCUUCCCCUUCAACGCAUAAUGCCCAGCAUCCUUGCGUUGCCGCAAGUGGAAACUCUGAUCAGAUUCACUAGCUCUCCCACUCUUCUCUUGCACAGUGAUCAUGCUGGCUCCCGUUGCGAGCCUCCUCUCUGUCCCCAUCUUUUCCUCCGAUGCUUGCUCGCGGCUUUCGGGCCUUGCCCCUAGCCUAGUCGUCGGUCGUGGUUGUUGGACUUGGGAGCCCUGACCUGACAGACUGCACUUGGGCUCGGUCCAGCCAUCCGUCGUCGUCCUGGUCGUCGUCGUCUGCUUCUUCCUUCAUGUACCCAUCUCAAGCGUAUUUGACCUAGUCAUGACAUUCGAAGCUGCUGCUGCUUCUGUUGUGACUGUCUCUACACCCUCCGCCCGGAUUCCUAAACAGCUACCGUCUUCAACCCCUACCGUCCCUUCAUGCGUUCUCAGCACAGCCCUACUUCACCUCUGUCCCUGACCCCCCGGGCUCGUCCCCGUCUCUCGCUGACCAUUCGUCCUAUCUUUUGUUUCUUCUUCUUGUGUCUUUCAGAACACUAGCCUUGAACUCCCCCUUCACAUUUCAACAUCAUCCGCAUCUGUCUGAAGCCUGCCAAAAUCUGUCACUAUUUGGUUUAUGUCGAGGUUGGCGUGUGCCUCAUCCAUGGCAUGAUAGUACUUGCGCUCCCGAAACGAAACUUUGACGAACUUCGCCGAGCCUCUUGCCGUUGUUGACAAGUACUCCCGGAGGAAACGAGCACCGAUUCAGAUUCAACCUUUGGACUGUACUUUUCUUCUCCCUCUUCUCGAAGCACAAGAUCACGACGUUUGAGAAACAGCCUCGCAUUCGGAGCAUCAGGAAUCUAGAAAACCGCACCAGCGUUCGGCAAGCCACUCUUGCGUGUCUGCACGACGUCUCCUACUUUGACACUGCCACCCGUCAACCCCCUUGAUCGUACAGCUUUGGGGCCUCAGCUACGGUACGAGGAAGUCACUGUUUCCUCUGCUCUGUUUCUCUCGGUUCGAGGUCGAUCCGACAUCUGCGAACUGCCAGGGCGUGUUCAAGCUAAGAGGUGUUAAAGUCCCUUUCGGAUGACCCUUCAAGUACACCACUGGGCAACUUGAAGGUGUUUCGGCUGUUUCAAUCCGCUUUUGGAACUGUCAGUGCGACUCUGAAACGGCGAUCCCAACGAUAGGUCUGAUAUUCUUAUCGUUUGCUUCUUAACUUGUCAUCGCCUCCUGUACUACCCCUUCCCCUUCCCUCGUCGCCUGCCCGCCUCCCGGGCGCCACACACAAAAGCUUUGGGAUCUCCCAUCAACCUUAUCGCCUUCCUACGCUUCCUCCCACCACUGUCACCUUACCUACAUGUCCCCCUAGUUGUGCGACCUUCGCAACCUGGGUUUAACAGACGACGAGUAUCCGAUGUAUCGGACUGGAUCCUAGAGAUCGGACAUUAUCUUCUUCUCACCAAUAACUAUCAUCAACAACAAGAGACAGGUUCUCGACAACUCCGCUGAGGAUUACAAGUUGGACUAUUACGAACUGAAUAUCACGAUACCCGGCGGACGUAAAAGAGGGAGCAUUCAGGGACACAUAUCACGACAUCACCCCAAGGGACCGCCAAACUGGAUUCGUUUCGGCGACAAAACUUCUCCCACGUUGUCCGCGCUUGAGCGAUGGACGUGACAUCACUACUGAACGUAGCGGCGGGAAAAAAGCCAUUUAUUCGGGACAACUCACUCGAAACCACUUCUGUACCGAUUUUCCAAAGACAAAUCACCACAUCGUCCCCGGAGAAGACAGCUUCUUCUAGGCGGACAAGCGACGCUAGAGCACCGCGGAACCGCACGCCAUGGGAUGCGGGCGGUUACUCUCUUCACCUAGCUCUUGACAACAAGUUUCCUGCUUCCCACACCAAGCCUACAUACUACAGCGAAUCCGACGUGGAUCAGUCGGCUUCCACGAGCUCUUGCGACGCUCCUUCAUCGAACUGCCAUUCUAGGGCCAGCUCUCUCAGUUCUCUGGCACACGAGAUGGCGCAUUCCGCCAACAUCACUCCAAUGACGAGUACACACCCUGGCCGGACUAGCAUUUCCGGUGAUUCGGAUGCUCAACUAACAGCGAGGCCCAACCUCCCCCGCGAAGAUGAUGGGCACCACGUAACAGGAGGAUUUCCCAAAUCCCCGAAACAUAAGUUCUCCGACAGCCACAGCAGUUUGUCAUCGUACACCUCCUCAAAUCAAUCUGGAGGACACUCGAGGAUAUCCUCAUUAUCUACUGUGAGCGGCAUUCAGCCGUUCACGUCCCUGUUGAAUGAUGUCCCGGCUUUUGACACAAAACUCGAUCACCAGCAGGGUAUGGGUGGCCCGGGCAUGAUUGAUGUUCAGCCUCCAUCCCCGCGAACGAUGGGCCAACAUGACCCAAUAGCUUUGGAUCCCGCGAUGAAGGGAACUGGGCGACCAGGUAGUCCAUCAGAUGCUAUCUUGAUUACCAGAGGUAUGGGUGGUAGCAACCGAUCAAGUCCAACUGAUGGUUUGAGCCCUCACUCAAAACAACAGCAAGACAACCUCAACUACCUAUCAUUACCGCAAGACCAAUCUUCAAGAACUCACAAAAGGGCUGUUUCCGCGCCCGACUUUGCCGCUAUUUCUGCGCCUACCUUCCAACCUUUCCCUUCGGUUUCAGAAACCGCGCCUUUCCCACCGCAACAGCAGCAACCUUACGGUAUGUCGCCUCCCGAUUCUCCCCCUGCCGUGUCGGGCAGCGACGAGAUCAAGUGUAUGUACAUUGAGAACUGCGACACUGGAUCUCAGCCUCGCAAGGCCAUCUCGCACAUCUUUGGUCGCAAUAAGCUCUGCACCCGCAUGAUUCCCGCCCACGUCUGGGUUCAUUUCUGCCGCAAGCACUACCAGCGAAGCCGUUACCGCAACGCCCACGAGUACUCAAAGCUCCAGGUCGAUCUCGUUCAAAAGCAGAUCGCCAGAGUUCAGCAGUGGAGCGAUGAGAAUGAGAGAGCUGGCAAGGCAGGCGUGGUGAACAGCUGGUCUCUUGCCAUCCGCAAGCGAGAGCAGAAGCGAUUGGAGGACAAGAAGGAGUCGAAGAAGCGUGCCUACCAAGAUGAGUCCGAGGACGAGCAGCUCGACGGUGCUAUGCUCAACGGCACUGCCGUCCCCGAAUGGCUCCUCAGCAAGUGCGGUGCUGGAUACACCACUGUUGCUAUUCAGGAGAUUGUCGCUCAGUUGAAGACCGAGAUCGACGGUGGCAGCCUGAGCCAGAUCCCCGACAUCGAGAUUCUCCCCACCAUCAGCAGCGACGGCCCCGACGAGAAGCCCAAGACCUACCUCAAGCGCAAGACAAGCGGCGGCGCUGCUCACAAGCGUUCCCAGUCGAUGGGUGUCGCCUUGAGACCCGAGGCAAUGCCUAUGGCUAGACGCGUCAGCCAGCCCAACGCCUACUGGGGCCACGACACCGGCUUCUACGAGGAUCGCAAUGCGAUUCCCGGUAUGCCUCGAGUUCCGUCUGGCAUGCGUCGCAUGAACAUCCCGCACCGCCCUGCCUUCGGCAACAUCCGCGAGAACCAUCCCGAGGAGGAUUACUACCGCCAGCCCCAGAUGGGCUCUGGCCCCUUCAUCUUCGGUGCCGGCGGUCCUCAAGGUGGCCCCCUUCCUGCCCCUACUCCUCAGCGUCGCGGCAGCAAGUCUAUGGCCUCUCACCUCGAGACCUCGACUACCAUGCCUACCUAUCCUGACCCUCGCCGGGCAUACCAUCAGCGAUCUCAGAGCGAGAUUGGCGGAGGCUUCCACCAGGGACAGGCUCCCACGUACCGACCCAACUCGUCUUCGGGCUUCGCUCCUUACGGAUACGCUCCCAACCCGGUUGACCAGCAGCCGCAGCAACAGCAGCCGCAAGACCAGUACGAUGGCACCUACCCUCGUCCUCACGACAACCCGUUCGCCCAGGCCGCUCAGCCCAACUACUAUGAGGAUCCUCAGCGUCAGUACGCCUACGGCGCUUCUCCGUUCCAGCCGAAUCCCGCCUCUCGCCUUGGUCCCGUUGGCGCCAACAGACACACCCGUCACCAGAGCACUCCGAACGCACCCCGUGCCAUGCACCGCGCUCCCUCUGCGCACGGCUUCGCGGUGGCCCCAAACCAGCAGGGCUAUGAUCGCACUCCCGAGCACUCGCGCCAUUCCUCCUACGCCACCCCGCCCAUGCAGCCCAUGCAGCCUAUGCAACCCAUGCAGCCCAUGAAUGACGGCACCCGUCACUGAUUGGGGCAAUCCGAGAUCGAGACAAGAAACAAGCACUCUUUUGAAACGGCCUUCCUUAUACCCGCAUUCAUGUCACGUCGACACGGCAUCAAAAUCGGAGUCAACAUUGGGGGACGGCAAGCGGUCAUUUGGUUUUCCUACACCUCUCUCUUUCUUUAAUAUCUCUCUCUCUCUCUCUCUCUUUUUCUCCUCUCGUUGCACGGCCAAUUUUUGCAUGAGGAAUAGCGGAAAACAAAAUUCACAUUGUACACCACGGACUUUCCUUUAUCUCUCUCUCUCGGCAAGGGCUUGGCCACGUACCUGCCGCCCUGGCAACGAUCGAAUGAUGGAUGACUGGACAUCGCACGGAUCAACGGCACACGCUUGACACAAGCAAAACUCGGGGGUCGGUUUUGGGUUUCUUUUUUAGAAAGUCCUAGAUGGGCAAGGCAACUCUUUCACUAUUUCCGACUUUUUGCUGCUCUAGCAAAGUCGAUCUGGAAGCACGACUCGGGUGAUGGUAGGGAGUGGAACUGGCAUUUGUACGAAUACGGGACGGAGGCUGUCGGCGGUUUUGGGUGGUUUCUUCUGGCGGACGGACGGAUGGGAAGGGACUGGGUUUUGGGAUUCAUUACGGAUCUGAAAACGGCGUUGACUUUUCCGGUUCUUGCUUUUUCUUAUUCUUCUUUUUGCCCCCGACGCGCUUUUUUUUCUUCGCUUCCACCCGUCUCCCAGCUCUUCUGCAUUUUUCUGCCAUUGGUCAGUUUUGCGGAACGGUUCCUCCCUUCUACUCUCUUUUCUUCUACCUGGCUUCUUUCACGCUCUUGACAAUGGGCCAUUCUAUCUCACGAAUCGGCCCAAGUCGCAGAGCAACGGCAAGUUGUCACGGGAAAAGAUACUAGAUGUGAAAGGGGAACCGGAGGGGAUUAUGGAAGAUGGCCGGGGAGUGGAAUGAAGCGGACGCGAAACAAAAAAUUUCCUUGGAC